AUGCACAGGACUUAUUCAUUGAGAACUGCCAGAGCACCAACUGCAUCUGACUUGCAAAACCCAAUUCCUGUUCCACCAUCCUCCACCAAGGGUCCUAGAUUCUUUGGUCCUGGUGGAAUUGCCAGCUCGUUCAGAAGAACCACAGCUGGCUCUUUUGGCCCAGACUUAUCCAGAAAGUUGGCUCAAUUGGUCAAGAUGGAGAAGAACGUUAUGAGAGCAAUUGAAAUCUGCUCUGGCGAAAGAAGAGACGCUGCAAGACAAUUGUCUCUCUGGGGUGCCGACAACGAAGAUGACGUCUCUGACAUCACCGACAAGCUUGGUGUCUUGAUCUACGAGGUUGGUGAGUUAGAGGAUCAAUUCAUUGACAGAUACGACCAAUACAGAAUCACCCUCAAGUCCAUCAGAGACAUUGAAGGUUCUGUCCAACCUUCCAGAGACCGUAAGCACAAGAUCACCGACCAAAUCGCUUACCUCAAGUACAAGGACCCUCAAUCUCCAAAGAUCUCUAUCUUGGAGCAAGAGUUGGUCAGAGCAGAAGCCGAAUCUUUGGUUGCAGAAGCUCAAUUGUCCAACAUCACCAGAGAAAAGUUAAAGGCUUCCUUCUCUUACCAGUUUGACUCCGUCAGAGAAUACUCCGAAAAGGUUGCUCUUAUUGCAGGUUACGGUAAGGCUCUCUUGGAGUUGCUAGACGAUUCUCCAGUCACCCCUGGUGAGACCAGACCUUCCUACGAUGGUUACGAAGCUUCCAAGCAAAUCAUCAUUGACUGUGAAAAUGCCUUGGCAACCUGGACUUUCGAAACCGCUGCUGUUAAGCCAACUCUUUCAUUCAAGGUUGGUGGUUACGAAGACUUGAACGAAGACGUUCACAACUUGAACAUUGACGACGACGAAGAAGAAGCAUGGAAUGAAGAACAGGAGCAAGAGCCACAAGCUGUUGCUGCUUAA